AAUAUUUUUAGUUAAAACAUGGACGUCAUUCAAAACGGUUGGUUUAGUGAAAUUCAAAGCGAGCUUUGGCCAGGACAAUGUUUUUCUCUAAAAGUUAAAGAAAUCCUUCACCAGGAAAAAUCAAAAUAUCAAGAUAUAAAAAUUAUUGAAACAGAAUCUUAUGGGACAUGUCUUUUGUUAGACGGAAUUAUUCAAUGCACUUCCAAAGAUGAGUUUUCAUAUCAAGAAAUGAUAUCUUUUUUGCCUCUUUGUUCUCACCCUAAUCCAAGAAAAGUGUUAAUCGUGGGUGGAGGUGAUGGAGGCGUUGCUCGUGAAGUGGUAAAACAUCCCCUAGUAGAAGAAGUUCAUCAAAUCGAAAUAGAUGAACGUGUUGUUGAACUUUCAAAGCAGUUUUUACCAAAUAUGGCUAAAGGUUUCAAUAAUCGUAAGCUGACUUUGACAAUUGGCGAUGGCUUUGAGUAUAUGAAAAAUCACAAAAAUGAAUUUGAUGUUAUUAUAACGGACAGCUCCGACCCAAUUGGACCCGCAGUAAAUUUAUUUAACGAGAGUUAUUAUAAACUAAUGAAAACUGCACUACGUGAUGGAGGCGUAGUAUGUUCACAAGGAGGAAGUUUCUGGUUAGAUUCAGCUUACAUAAAAAAUACAAUUAACAAUUGUCGUUUGCACUUUCCCAAUGUAUCUUACGCUGUAACAUCAAUACCUUCCUAUCCGUGUGGGCAUAUUGGAUUUGUAAUUGGAUGCUUGGAUGGCUCUCGAUGUCUGAAAAAUCCAUUACACAAGUUUUCACCUCUUGAAGUUGAUAAAAUGGAAAUGAAAUAUUACACAAGCUCUAUACAUUCUGCUUCAUUUGUCCUUCCAAGGUCGAUCGAGAAAUAUUUUUAUGAAACUUAAUAUUACUUAUGAAUUUGAAAAUCAAAAAAGGUUUAAUAUAAACUUAUGUAAUAUACGUGAACAAAUAAAAACAAGUAGGAAAGUAUAGUCGGGCAUGACUUUAAUACCCUACACCAUGAUUAAA